UCCACUUUCACACUAGUUUCUUUCAAGCAAGCAAAACCAACGGAACUUUAAUUGCGGUGUGCGGCGAACGAGAAGAGAAACCGAAAAGCAGCCAAUUUACUGUUGCGUUCCGAUCCUGUUAAUUCAUCAGUUGCCGAUUCUCCGAUCGCGCCUGUAACUUUUUUGUUUAGUUUAGUGCAUCAAGUGCGAGAUAACACAGCAAAGCAACAACAAACGAAGCGACAGGCCAAAGCGGACGCGCAAAAUACAAUAAAAAGGAAGGAAGAAAACGAAAUACAGCGAGUGAGUGAUCCCGCCAUCAUGAGCAAGAAGCCGACAGCCGGACCGGCGCUCCACAAGGUCAUAAUGGUGGGCAGUGGCGGCGUGGGAAAGUCCGCCCUCACACUGCAGUUUAUGUACGAUGAGUUCGUCGAGGACUACGAGCCCACCAAGGCCGAUAGCUAUAGGAAAAAGGUUGUGCUGGACGGCGAGGAAGUACAAAUAGAUAUAUUGGAUACGGCUGGCCAGGAGGAUUAUGCCGCCAUCAGAGAUAACUACUUUCGCAGCGGCGAGGGUUUCCUUUGCGUCUUCUCCAUCACAGACGACGAAAGCUUCCAGGCAACCCAGGAAUUCAGAGAACAAAUCUUGCGGGUGAAGAAUGAUGAGAGCAUACCGUUCCUGCUGGUGGGCAACAAGUGCGAUCUGAAUGAUAAGCGCAAGGUGCCGCUGAGCGAGUGCCAGCUGAGGGCGCAGCAGUGGGCGGUGCCCUAUGUGGAGACCUCGGCUAAAACCCGCGAAAAUGUGGACAAGGUAUUUUUUGAUUUGAUGCGCGAAAUAAGAUCACGAAAAACCGAAGAUUCGAAAGCCACGAGCGGGCGUGCUAAAGAUAGAUGCAAGAAGCGGAGACUUAAGUGUACCCUACUUUAGGCAUUAGGUAUUUUAUGAUCUAAUCAGGGAUAUUUCAUCGCGUAAAAAACAACGUCAGACGGACGUGAAACAGCCGCCGAAGCCCAACUCUCAUUGCUGCCAACUGCUGUAGGAUGAUGAAGAACAACAACGGACAACAACCAUACGAUGAACAACAAAACAACUGCAGCAGCAACAAAUUGGAAAAUAACACAACGGCCACACGGAUGAUAACACCAACACACAGGAUAUGAAGGAUAUGGAGAACGGAACCAUAUGUUAAUACAAUUUAAUUAAUUAACUUUGAGAACACCAGUACACACAUACGAACAGCAACAGAUAUUAAAACUAUUUGCCACACUCAGAAACUCAAAAUCCAUAAUCCACGUUAACUUUCAUUGUAAUAUACAUAAAUAUAUAUAUAUAUAUAUAUAUGAUUUAGGCAACAAGUUUUUUUUUCGAAAACAUCAAGCGAAAAGCACACAGACGGGCAACUUACGAAUUCUGUCGUUUAUUUUUGGUUACUUAUUUUUUUUUUUUUUUGAAUCAUCGAUGUUUGUUUGUGUUGCCUCCGUAAAAAAAAAAUGUUAAAACUAAAACCUAAAGCUGAAGCUAACGCUUAAACAUAUUAAAUAUAAUCAUCAAUCGUAGACAACUAAAGAAGCCCAUAAUAAUUAUGCAAUUUAAAACUUGCUACAGAUAUUUCUCUUGUUUAAUUAUAUAUACGCAUACAUUUUUUUGUAAUAUUUUUAAAGUUUAAUAGCAAAAUGCAAACCACACAAACCAACAAGAAACCACACAGAAAAGCUUUUUAUAAAUAUAUCUAAAUAUAUAUUUAAAUAUAUAUAAAAUAGUAUAAAACACUUAAAAUCCUAGCGAAGAAACAACAGAGGAAAGCGGGGAGAAAGAAAAAACAGAAAAACAACAAAUAUCUCCAAUUAUUAAUUGUAAACGAAGUGAAUCGAAACAAAUUUUUAAUGCAAUUUUUGUAAUUUUCUAAACCGAAAGCAAAUGUGUAGGGAUUUAUAAACAACAACAAAACCAAUGAGUAAUAAUGGUACACACUAAUGUUUCUGACAAGCUUUGGAGACUUUCCGUUACAAAUAGUUAUUUUCUUUGCCCUGGAACACAUCCAAUAUAUGUAUAUGUAUGUAUGUAUGUAUGUUUAGCAAUUACUCCCGAUUGAUUUGCUUCUUUGUUUACUUUUGUAUAACUGCAUUCUGUAUUGUAAUAUUUAAGCUAUUAUUAUUAUGAUAAUUAUUAUUAUUAUUAAAUAUAUAAGUUAUAUAUGCAAUCAAGUGAUGGUUGGUUCAAUUUUUGUAUGUAUGAAGCAUAUUCCUAGUUUACCCUGUGAAAAUUUGUGCAACACACACGAAAUCUCGACCACGCAAACAUUUGUUUUAUCCUCCUUACAGACUUAUGCGAAUAUCCAAAACAAAAUCAAACAGCCGCAUUUUUUUUAUAAUAUAUAUGUAUGUACAUGUGCAUGUAUAUAAAUAUAAAAAUUACAAUUACGAGAGUUAAAAAAUGUCGAUUGAUGGAGUGUACGUUUAGCUUGACUCAGAAAUAAAACGAAAAAUAUGAAAACUAAGCGGGAAUAUUUAUACUUUGUUUGGGCCUGCCUAAAAGUAUGCACAGUGUCAUGGAAUUUUACCGUUAAAUAAACAGCG